UUGGCCUAUGAUGUGAUGUGUCUAAUUAACUCUGGAGCUCCUCCCACCUGUGGCUUCUCAGUCAGGAUGUCGACAGCUGUCGUUAAAACGUGCAACGUACUUUGGGUUCCGUUUAAAAGCGACUGUGAGGAGCUGCUGCGACGUUUCCAGCAGACGAAGUCGGUGCGUUAUGAAGAGUUUGCGUCCAUAUGGAGAGUUAUGGACUUCUCCAGUGUCUAUUAGUAAGGCCUGACUGAACUGUGCUGGAAUCAUUUAUCUCUGUUGCAACGAGGUGGCAUGACCACAAACUACGAAAAAAGACCCUUUAUUCGUCUUGUCUUUACCACAGUGUAUGAUUACUUCUUGCCCCCGAACAGCUUUCAGAUCCGAGUAGGGGCUCUGUACAUGUUGUAUGGCCUUUACUUCACACAGCUUGUCAGCCCAAAGGAGAAGAUCUCCAUUGCACUGAAGGACUGGAUGAGUGUGCAGAACUUUGUCGCCGAUGCUGUUGACUGUCAACACCUGGAUGUUGUAUAUAUCUACAGGAAGCUUGUUUCUGAGAAGGCUUUUUUUUAUUCUGCCAUGCCAAAUCAGCUCACCUUUGAUGCAAAGCGCCGUUUUAAAAACAAGAAUAUGAACAAGUCGUUUCAGGACCUGCCAGACAGAGUAACCGAACUGGUUAAUGCAAGUACACUGGAGGAAAUUAGAAAUGUGCAGGCUCAUUAUGAACGGAUUAAGCAGGCUCUAAAUGUGUCUGCCUCAGUCAGCGUGACCCCAGUCAACCUGAGCAUGCAGCUUGAGGAAUGUGUACUUGCCUUUCAGCAGUGGCAGGAAAAAACAAAAAAACUGAAGAAUGCAAGCUGUGAUAAAAAAGCAAAGGAAAGCGUUCAGCAGUUAGAGUGCUCCAACAGGGCAGAUCUACUGGCCUCAAUAAAGUCAAAGUCUUAUGGGGAUCUACCAAUGGACUCCAAAUCUAGACGACACGGAGAGGAUGGAACGGACAACUCUGGUUCAGGAACGGACCAUAAGCCGGCAUUGUCUCCACAGAAAAAUAAGCAGCUCUCUCUUAGACAGAGGACGUGGCAAAGCCUGGGCAAGGAAGAGUCAGAAGAACGUAGAAAACAACUCUGGCUUCUAAGUGCAAUGAAGGACGACAGAGCAGUUUUCAAGAAAUAUGAACAGAAGAUCAAAUUUAAGUGGUGAAAUGUGAGUGGUGAUGUGCGUUGAGCGGAUUUGUUUCUCACUCCGAAGAUUUCUUUUCUUUUUUUUUUUUGUAUUUCUGAAAUUCCUACUUUUGGGUUUUUUUGGACAGACUAUUUGUAGGAACUAAGUGUCAUUGGUUAGCUUCAGUUUUACAGGUAUUUAAUAAAUAUAUUCUUGGAGAAAAUAUUGAUCAAUCUUCAUUUUAUAAUUUAUUGUAUCACACACUACUGACAAUGUAUAGAAGCUUAAUUAGCAUAAAAUAAGUGCAUAAAAAACGAGUUUCUGGGUUGCUUGCCUGACUGGUGGCACUUUUAAGGCAAUUAAGAUAAUGUAAAUGAAUAAAGAGGGUUUUGAGCCA